AAUCUGUCCAUCUCCCCCCCCCAAAGCUGUUGCCAUUUCGGCGCUGGCACCAUCCAGGGGCCUCCCUUCGUUGAUCUGUAUUUAUGCUCUCAGAGUCUCCAAUCGUUCUCGGCGACUGAAUUGCGUCAUGGAAUCUUGCGGCACCUGCCGCGAUUUCUUUCGUCUCACAAUCUCUAGCGCGCCGCUCCGUGGGUUUGAUGUCAGCUUUCCAAGAGGGUGCAGUCGGGAUGAGCGACAAAGUGUCAAAGAGUCGGCACAAAACUGCCAAUUAUGCCAUACGAUAUAUCACUUCCUGCAACCUCGUCAUGAAUCUACAUUCGACCUCCCAGAGUCAGACAAUCACCCGUUCGAGAUAAAGGUAUACCCACAAAAGAGCCUCCUGCAUGGUGAAAAGAACCUUUUUUCAAACGUCAGGUUCUUCUAUGAUAUUCAAAACCGCGAUGGCACAGACUACGGCUCAUUCCACACCCUUAAUUUUUCAAUGUGGGCGGAUGAAGGUUCCUCGGGACCUGACUCCAGCACUGGCCCGAUUACAACAGGAACACCGGCCCUUAUGAGUUUCGUUACCCGGCCUCCGAUACUUCGCGAAAGUCCAGGAGAAACGAACGGCCUCGUACGGAAGUUCCUGCACAACUGUCUGGAUCAUCACGAGUCGUGCCGACUCGGCCAGCCACCAGAUGAAGAGUUUGAGCUUCCGUCUCGAGUUCUAUCCAUCAAAGAUGACGCCGGAGGAAUAUCCGUCAAGCUUGUCGAGAACUACGGAUUGAGUGGCAGAUAUUGUGCUUUGAGUCACUGUUGGGGCCCCGAAGACAAGCGGCCACUGCGGACUCUAAAGGCAAACAUCACGGAUCACCUUGCCUCUAUACCUUGGAACAAGCUGCCAGCCACAUUCCAAGAUGCCAUCAUACUGACAAGAGACCUUGGCAUUGAAUAUUUAUGGAUCGAUUCUUUGUGCAUCCUCCAGGAUGACAAGAAGGAUUGGUUCAAUGAAUCGAAGAAAAUGGCAUCGGUUUAUCGGCGAGCCACACUCGUCAUUGCGGCUGUCUCUUCCGAGGACUCCACCCAAGGCCUUUCCAAACCCGAGCGUUCAGAGCCGCUCACGUUCCGCGUCCCGUCUUAUACACAGGAAGGAUCUUCGCAGUCUGGCUACAAUAUUGCAGAAUUCCAAAACGCAUGGGGCAAUAUAGAUGGACCUUUGAGAGAACGGGCCUGGGCGUUCCAAGAGUGGUACCUCGGUCGAAGAAAGGUCUUCUUCACGUCAGAAGGCAUUAAUUGGAAAUGCGAUGAAAUCACAUGCAACGAGCGUGGAAGCAAUACAGACUUGAGGCUGUAUGCAACCUUGUCGUGGGCAGCUUGUCUAGAGGAGUACACCGACAAGCUUCUGACAGUUCCCUCCGAUCGUCUCGUUGCUCUUCUCGGAAUCUCGGCCGAGAUGCAAAAGUCCAGGAACGAUUCUUUCGUGCCUGAAUUCGGGGUUUGGGAAGAUAACCUUGCGGAGCAGCUUCUCUGGAGACCAACAGACAUGAUGCAUGAGAAUUUGCCCGGUCUACCAUCGUGGUGUUGGGCAGCCACUGGGGGGGCGAAAGCCUGGCUGGUAGACGAGCGAGACAGAAUGCCCAACGAGGUUAUGGUGAAAAGUACCGUCAACACCAUCAGCCUGAGAAAGUCCGGUCAUCCUGAUUUUGGAAAUAAUUCCUCCAGCGGCGAAGAAGACUGGUCAACUGAUACUAAGGAUUCUGGUAGCGCCUUCGAAGAAAGUGGCGUUGGAUAUUAUGGAGGUAGUGAUGACGACUCAUUCAUUGAAGAAAGCGAAGAUAGCUACCCGGGUCACACGCAUAGAAACACGGUGAGCUUCACCGCUCCUGCACUUGGUGACGCGUGUGUGGAUAUUUUCAAAGUCGGACGGUCCAAGGAAGUCCACUGGGCGUUGCUUCUCCAGCCAGUUGAUAACACAUUGAAAAAGUUCACGCGAGUCGGAGUGGCUCUUUUAUGGCCGCGAGCUUUAGAGACAGGAGAAGGCGAGGUCACGGAGUUUGAGAUCGUUUGA